AUGGCCGUGUCGAGCUUUGGUGAUUCAACCGCUCAGCCUCCCACACCCAAACGAACCCCGAGAUCUACCAUAUUGCCGAGUCCUGAUCUGGAAACGCCCAAGCACGGCCAGGGACGCUUCGACGAGUCGAGCGGGUGGACACCUCGUUUUGCCGAGGAAUACUCCGUCUUCAACGCGACCCCGGGAAAUCUGAGAGGCUCUCGGAUACCCUUCCCCGACUUUGGUCCUUCCACCCCAUAUCUCGGCGGCCCGGGUCAGAAGCGGUCCUUGUCCAUCGACGGAAUCGGUCUGGGAGUCGCCGUCCAUGGGAACGAGCUCUCGCCGAACCCCAGCCUAUCGUUGCCCCCUGUCGAGCCGUCCAAAGUCCUGCGCUCAUCCCCGGUCCCGCCACCAACCCCAACGUUCGAUCGCCCAGAAGCCGCCGGCCAAAUCGGGGGAUCCGUCGACCGGUCUGUGAAGAAAGCCCGGCGUGGGACGAUUGUCACGGAAUCACCUGGGCAGACAGCGACCCCUCCUCCCUCAGCGCGCAAGGGUGAGCGUAAGCUUGCGCCCAAGCUCGACACCAUUGCCAUGCAAAAUGACCAGGACUAUAACCAGCAGGCGCAUUUUAUGGCGUCUGCCCAGCAGCAGGGCAUGGGUGGCUUUGUGACGUCGCAAGGUGACAUGUUCGGUUACCCUCUGUCGGCUCCGGCCGUGCCGUAUGGUGCUCAGCGAUCUUUCUGGGAUACAGACCCUAACCUUGCCGGGAUGGAUAUCGACUUUGGCGCGAACGGCACAGGCGCCUUCCAACCCCCGACGCCUCAUCAAGGGACGGGGCCCGUGGACUGGGCAGGCGCCAACCAACUGUUGCAGGGGCAAGGUGGCCUGGAUGGACAUGGGGAUGCGUCUGCCGGUGCCCAUCAGGCCGGCCUUGGUUCUCAGCCGCCCAUGUCGAUGCUAGUGACUUCGUCUGCGGACCAUUCCAUGUUCGCGGCCAGCUAUCCCACUCCUAUCGAUGACCCCUUCGGGAUGACUGACGCAGGCGGUGCCGUGAACCCGGGACUCUUGUUCAGCCGGCCCCAGUCGGCGAGCAUGGACAACCCCUCCUUCAGCCAGCCCGUGCCGGUGCCGAAUCAGAACCCAGCGAUGGCUCACGGCGGCCAGGUGACCAGUCGAGGGCCGUCGGCGUCAAAAACGGCUGGACGGGCUGAGUUGCGUCGCUCGGCUAGCGCGAAGGAUCCGAUUCCACGAAAACAGGAUCGGGCUUUGGCGAGCUCUCCGAUCAAGGAGACGGGCCGUCCCGGGCUCUCUCGGAGCGUAAGCGAAAACAGGGGGAAGAAGACGGCGAGCCGGCCAUCUCUGCCUCCGCUCGCGCCCCGGCCGCGGUCUCAGCUGGUGAGCAAUGCAGGCGUCAAUGCCAAUAAGCCCGUCAUCUUGCAACCCCAGCGACCGAGUGGGAGGUCGUCGCCGUCCAAAAGUAGUCAUCAUCACCACCGGCUGUCGAGUCUGUCCUCGAUACCGGAGGCGACUGGCCCGGAGAUGAGAACGCAGGCGACCUUCAUGAUUGAUGCCAAUGGCCGUGCACGUGUAGAGACGACGGUGGUGGUGGUGGACGAGCCUUCCCCGUCAGCCUCUAAACGGCACAGUUCGUAUUCUGUAACCAGUCGGCAGCAGUGGAAUUCGUCCGAUGACGAUGACUCGUCGUCGACGGAUGACGAACCCAUCAUUAUUCCGAGCAGGAAUACGUCAUUUGCGCUCCCGGACCCUCGCAAGCCAACGACGAUUCAUCCCUUCCACGACUCGCAACGAAGCAUAAGCGAACGUAGCACAACGUCAUACACUAGUUUUCAUGGGGGAUCCCAGGACGCGGGUGAUAGUGACGGGGAGACGGUGGUGAAUGAUUUGACACCGACGCACAAAGCUUCGGGGGACGCGCUCAGCGAGCUACGGAAGCUACGCGAAACGCGGCAGAAGCAAUCCAGCUCAAAACCAAAGCGCAUUACCUCGAGUCGUUAUCCCAGCCAUCCCUCCACGUCGCCGACGACCAUGAGCGAGUCCAGCCUACCCACGCCGACGAACGACACAAGGAAUCGUGGCGUCCGUUGUGUUUGCAACAGGGCCGAAGCCGGCCGAGACGAUUUGCUAAUCCAAUGUGAAUCAUGUGAGAUGUACGUGCAUGGCCAAUGCGUCAGCAUCACACACCGGACGCUCCCGUCCAUCUAUAUUUGUGCAUUUUGUGCCAACACGCCCAACCUGCGAGGCGGAAGACUGCGAGACAACGGGCGGGCGCCGGGGGCAACGGGGCCUCCGGGGUCAGUAACGUCGCCACUCGCGCACAAGUCCCUGAAGUCUUUCCGGUGA